GCACGUGUCGGCGUGUGCAUCAUGGCGGAGCGGCGCGCGGUGCCCAGCGACCUGUUCCCCCUCGUGCUCGCGUUCCUGCGCGAGAGCGGCUGCCAGGGCGCGGCGCGCGCCUUCGCCAGGGAGGCGGCGGCGAAGGAACAGGACCCCAACGCGGCCUCGCUGCUGGACAUCUUCACCUACUGGCUGCGGUCUCCAGCGGCCAAGAAGAGAAAGCUGGUCCCGAACGGCGCCCAGGCCAAGAGGAAGCCGUCGGCCAGCAGCAGUGACAGCUCCAGCGAGGAGGAUGAGAAACCCCCGGCCAAGAAGCCUGCUAAAGCAUCAGCUGUGCCCAAAGCAAAAGCAGCUCCUGCAGCCAAGACAGCAGAGAGCAGCAGUGAGGACUCCAGUGAUGAUUCAGACUCAGAGGAGGAGAAGAAGCCAGCAAAGAAAGGUGCAAAACCUGUUGUGAAGCCAGCUGGAGCCAAAAUCCAGCCUCAGAAGAAAGCAGAGAGUUCCAGUUCUGACUCAAGCAGCUCGGAUGAAGGAGCACCAAACAAGCAACCACCAAAACCAGCAACACCUAAAUCAGGAAGCAAAGCUGCCCAGGCAGCCACCAAAGUUGUCAAUGGAAAAGCAGAAAGCAGUAGCAGCAGCAGUGAAGAUUCUGAUGAGGAAAAGGCUCCACCAAAAAAGGCUGUUCCCAAGAAAUCACCUCUGCCAAAACCUGCAGCCGCUCAAGCAUGUCCGGGGAAAACCAAACGUGCCAAGGAAAGUUCCAGCAGUGAGGACUCAUCUGACAGCUCAGAUGAUGAAAAGCCACCUGCAAAACAAAAGCCAAAAUCUGGUCCAUACAGUGCUGUACCACCUCCUCAAGGAACACAGGCAAAGAAGGGCCUUGCUAAAGCUCCUGCAAAAAAGGCUGAGAGCAGUGACUCUUCAGACAGUAGUGAUGAGGCAGAGCAGGUGCCCUCAAAGGCAGAAGCAGCAGUAGUAGCUAAAACACCCCCUGCCCCCCAGAAGAAAGCUGUGACUACCAAGAAGGCUGAAUCCAGUUCUGACAGUGACUCAGAUUCUAGCUCUGAAGAUGAUAAAAAGAAGGUAGGGAAUAAGCUCCCUGCUAAACAACCUGUGAUAAAGAAUGCUUCCAAACCAGCAAAAGUAAUUGUCAAGCCUGGACAAGCAAAGAAAGACUCCAGUUCUUCCUCAGACAGCUCAGAUUCUGAUAGUUCUGACAAGAAGGCAGCUCCUGUGAAGCCCACAACUAAAGCAGCAACCCCUGCAGCAAAGAAGUCUCCAGCUGCCACAAAGAAAGCACAAAGUAGCUCUGAUUCAGAUAGCAGCUCCAGCAGUUCUGAGGAUGAGAAGAAGAAGAAGAAGAAAGGUCCUCCAGCUAAACCAGCUGGCAAAGUGGCUAAGCCAUUGUCCAAACCUUCUACUCCAGCUCCCAAAGCAGACACAUCUGACUCUGAUAGCUCAAGCAGUGAAGAAGAAAAGCCGGCAGGAAAACCAGCCGCCAAAUCUACAGGGGCAGCAAAAGCAGCUGUGGGGAAGAAGGCAGCUGCUUCUAGCAGUAGCAGCAGCUCAUCAGACAGUUCCAGUGAAGAGGAUGAGAAGCCCAAAAAGGCAGUGAAGGGGAUGCAGAACGGUUCUAAAGCCCCUGCCUCCACAGAGAAAGCAAAAGCAUCUGCAGUAGCUGCAAACAACGUGAAGUCUAAGCCAGCUGGUGGCAGCAGUAGCAGCAGUGAAAGCAGCUCUGAAGAAGAGACUGGAAAAGUCAAUGGAGGCACAGUCGGGAAGAAACAGAAGAGGGAAGAUGUUCAGGAGCCAGAAACACCACACAGUAAAAAAGCAAAGAUCAAAGCCAAAACACCACACACAGUUCCCAAGGUGAAACGGCCGUCCUCUCCAUUCCGUCGCGUAAGGGAAGAAGAGAUUGAGGUGGAUGCCCGUGUGGCUGAUAACUCAUUUGAAGCAAAGAAAGGAGCAGCUGGCGACUGGGGUGAGAAAGCUAACAACAUCCUGAAAUACACUAAAGGCAAAUCUUUCCGUCAUGAGAAAACAAAGAAAAAGCGAGGCAGCUACCGUGGGGGCACAAUAUCAACCCAAGUCAAUUCUGUCAAGUUUGAAAGUGACUGAGAAUGUUGGAGUUCAUAAACCAUCUGCUCACCAGAACACCUGGGAUGGGCAUAUGGACAUUAUGGGUGUCAAGCCUGCCUGGAAUGCUACCUCCCCAUGGCCCUUGUGGGGCAGGCAGCUCCAGUGUAGGGAUGUGGGAGAAUGGUUGGAUGUUUCCUGUUUUAUUUCUAAAUUUUAAUCUCCUAAUUUGAAACCAUCCUUAAGCUGGUGUUAUUGGCACCACUAGGAUGGCCGCCAGGACUUAUAUGUUCUACAGUCUUAUUUUGAAAGGCUGGCAGUGUUUUUUACUUUUGGUUUCCUGCCCAUCUACUAGAAGAAAGACAAAUCAUUGUCCUGUAUUUUAACCUCCCAUUUAUUUUCCAGCCAGUUUAACUCUCAUACCUUUGAUAAGGCAAGUAUUGUCACUUGCCUCUGACAAGUAACUGUAAGAAAAACUGAUUUGAGUGCUCUGGCUGUAAUCCCCAACCCCACUUGACAUUUCAAGUUUACCCUUGUAGUGUAAAUACCUACUUUCCUCUUCCUUGCACUCCUGUGGAGGCCACUAACCAGAGUACUUGGAGAAGCAGUCUCUAAACAUGGUUUAGUAGUUGAGUAACAGUAUCGAUUGCAGUUGCAAGGUGGGGGCUAUUGUCAGAAAGACCAAGGUCUACAGUACUGCUGUGGCACUCCUAAUAACACUUCCAUUAGUGUAGCUGGGGAGUGAAGUUGUACAGAAAAUUGACUGCAUGGGGAUU